UGAAGAACUUUGGAAGACGACCAUCCACAUAAUUUCCUGUUCCAUAGAAAGAAACCAGUCAGAACAUAUGAUACAUUGUGUAAUUGUAUAGAAUCAAGAACAAAAGGAGAGCGUUUAUAUAUUUGAAUUAAAUGACAAAAUUAACUUGAGAUUAUAGGAGAACGUUUGGUCCGGUCUUCUUUUCAAUUUCGAGUUUUUUUUCAACCUGUCUUCCCGCUUACGAGGCCGGAAUAUUCCUUUUCUACAGUCGAAUCCUACAUCGGCCGAACGAUUUUCCGAUUACCGGCUAGGUUAAUCCGCCUAUUCCGACGAGAUUCCCUCUGAAAAAGUAGGGGAAACCCUAGCUAGCUAUACGAAUUCGGAUUUCCCACUUGUCAGAUCUCGGAAACUGCUAGAAAGCGAAAGAGGCUAGAAAUGGACAAGGAUCUCUUAGAUAUCUCUGGAGGAGACGACGAAGACUACUGGCUUCUGAAUAAUACUCCGAGGAAAGUUAAUUCGAGCCGAGAGAAGAGUUAUUUGAAUUGCUCACCUCUUCAAAUCCCUAAAUCGAGUCGUAUCGUUCCUACUCGGCCUCCUUUUUCCCCAAUUGGAAGAGUAACAGGAAACAACAACAACAUGGAGCAGCCAUGCGCUUCUGUUGAUACAGAUAGUGUAGGAAAGGAGAAUUCUAAAGUUGAAUUACCCAAAUUGAGUGUGGAGCGACAGCAGAUGAAGAAGAAGAAAAAGAAUGCUGGUUUUAAUCUGCGCAAAAGCUUAGCAUGGGAUAGAGCUUUUUCAACGGAAGAAGGUGUUUUGGAUUCAUCUGAGCUAUCUAAAAUAACUGGAACUGCUUGCCAAGUUGGUGGAGAUCGGUUAUCUGCCAUUCAGGAAGAGUUCAGAGAGUCAACGCCAGCUUCCAAAUGUACUAGUGUUUCACCAGGACUACAAGCACUUGAAGAAAACUUAUUUGACGAUUUGCCUGUGAAUAGUAAAUACAGAGAGAAGAAGUUUGUGAGUGGUAUACUGCCCAAGUACGGAUCACCAUCGAAAGUCCAAUCUUCCUUGGCCCAGAAAAAAGUUACAUCAGCUCAGGAAUUGAGGAGUGGUUCCAAGCGCAGUGGCUGCCCCCAACCUCCUCCUUCAUCUUCCCUGAAAAGACCUGCAAAUGUGCAUACAACAACAUCACGUAGCAGGGAGCUGAGCAUAUCUAAAGUUCCUAGUCCUACAACCAAAUCUGAUCCAAUUACAGCUCCAAACAAUAUGAAAAGGACCACUCACAGUCCGAGCAAACCGAAGAAUAGUCAACCUACUCAAUUAAAGAAUUCUCAGAGAAGCUUAGGAUCUGGAAGUUCCUCUAGAAACACUUCAAGCAUCAAGAGUAAAACAAAAUCCAGUUUGGCGAGUAAACCUUCAAUUCCGAAGCCCUCUCUUCAGCCAGCUAGAAGAAAUAUGAUCAGCAAAACAUCAGAAAUAUCUUCAGUAUCCAACUCACAGCAUUCUGUUGUUGGAAAGUCCAAUCUUGGCCCUAUGACUACAUCAACUGUGGCUAUGCUUGGUCAUGGAUCGACAGACUCUAAUGUAGUUACUAUGGGCACCUCGUUAGCUCAAAGUUCUUGCAACAGAGUUGGAAACACGCAGUCCGCAGUUUCACGACUGGGAAAACCAUCAGGCUUAAGAGUGCCAAAACCUUCCAUUGGCUAUUUCAGUCAGUCUGACUCUCAACCGUCGCACGGUGAAGUAGACAAAAAUAGUCAGCUAGCCAGAUCUGAUGUUUGUUCAGCCUCUCAUUUUUCUUCGAUCCCUACCUUCAAGAAACCCCAAAUUGCUGAAAAGGUUCCUCGUGUCAACUCAAAGGCAGCAACUGAAAACUUCAGCAAUUCAGGUUCAACUGCAAGAUUCUCUGCUCAAUCUAUAUAUCCCAAACCUUCACAAGAAAAGGUGAAAGUGGACUUGAGAAGCACCCAGGAAGCAGAAUCCAAAGCGUUGUGUUGUUCAAUGAGUUCUCAGAUAAAUGAAAACCUGCAGCACCAAUGUACCGUUCAAGGUGAUACUGGAAAAUUAGCUAUGGAUGAUGUAACUUAUUGUACAUCUGAGAAGAAUUCUACUGCAAAGUGUGAACCGCACUCAGGCUGCAAAAGUAAUGUGCAUGAUGAUAAUAAAGAUGAGAAAUGGAAGUCUUGCUGCUCAGAAAAAGAAUACUCUGCUUCACCGCUGAAAGAUUCUAAGAAUUCCCCGAUGCAGUGUCCUCCUUGCGAUGAGUUGAUACUGUUUGAUAACUCACAGUUCAAAGUCAGCAAUCGGGAGAAAGAAGAUAUGUGUUCCACUAAUGAUUUUAGUAGACAUUUUGAUACUCCGGAUGUUCAUGAACAACCUCUAAAUGGAUGCGUGCACCCUGGAAAUGAAGAGAAGAUUAGUCCUUGCCUUUCUGGAGAAAAAGAUGCGUUAAUUGUCUAUCAUUCUACUGAAAAUGUAGCAAAGCAGCCUGAGGUUUCGGAUUCCUUCACUGCAGACCCAACUUUCAAUGGGGAUUUUGGUUCAAUAAAGGGUGAUGUAGACGAUCCAUCUUCUUCAGAAAAUAAGUUAGGUAAUACUGAAAAUGGUUUCGUACCUUUGCGGCCUGCUGAAGCACCAGCUUGUGUUCAAUCACCAUGCAACCAUCUUGAGGAAAAUGCGGUUUCGAAUAUCUUGUGUGAUCAUAACAUGGUGUGUAAUGGUCAAGCUGUAUUAGAAACGGAGGAGAGAACUGAACUACGCGAUAGCACAGCGACAAGCUGUGAGGCUGAUUUCAUUGGUCCAUUUUCUGCAUGCAAAGACUGGUUUAGAGAAUCUGAAGAACACCAUUUGUCCAGCCAAUUAGUCUUUGAGAUGAAAGAGGGUGGCCAUGAGAUAGAUGUCUUGACCAGGGACGAAAGAGCUGAUGAGCCUGAUAUGCAGAUAGAAUGCUUUACUGGUUCUUCUGAUGCUGACAACAUGGAACAAGUGAUAUUACUAAUGCCUUCCUCCGUUGAAGUUAGCACGGAGAUUAAACCCUUCCCCGAGAAAUCAACUUCUGAAAAGCAGAAGCAAUACAAUUGUUCGAGUAGUGAAAUUACAUCUGAUGUAAAUGAUGGUUGUGUAACGAAGCAAGCUGAUCAACUUGGAACAUUAGUUGGUUGUUCUCCAGAAAAAGAUGCAUCUGCUGCUGUUUUCUCUUAUUCAAAUGAGGAGCUUGAAGAUAACUCAGAGCUGGAAGACAUGGACCUGGUUACAGACUCAGAUUGUUCAGAUGAUGAGCCUGAGGAUAAUUUGGAGCGCACAGAGGUGGAUGUGAUUACUGAUUCAGAGCUCAUUGGUGACAUUGAUGAGUUUUCCGUCAAGGGCAUUCUUAAGCAAGAAUAUCCCGAAGUAGAAGAUAUCCAUACUGCGUCAGACCUCUGUGGAAAAACUAAAACUCUACUAAGUGAAUCAAUCAGUUCCUCGGAUUCUAUAUUUGGAGAUCCUGAAUGUUUAAAUAAGAGCACAGUUUUUUCCAGAAUACCUGAAGGGAUGACAAAAGAGAAUUCAAAUUCUGGAAGCAUUGAGCAUAACUAUGUUGUAGAAGCUAAAUUCCAUAUAGAUGCUGAAAAGGAUUUCAGUGCACAGGUCUCUGGUCAAGAACUCGUCCCCCAUGAAGGAGAGGAAGUUAAAAUUGCAAAGAUCUCUCCUGAUCCUGUAGCACUUUCGCCCAGAGAGGAAGAACCAGGAACUCCAAUAGCCAUGACAGAGACUUUCUCAGUCAGAGAUGAUAUGAAGACUAACGAGUCCAAUGUACUCAGCGAUGACAUUUUGACAUUAGAAAGCAAGACAUCAGAAGGCAAUGAUAAGAUGAUACCACUGGAUGCUAAACUUGAGAAGAAACCUGAUCCUAUAAUUCCAAAUGCUGUUCCAUUUUCUGACGAGUGGUUAGCUGCAAUUGAAGCUGCUGGGGAGGAAAUCUUAACACUGAAAAGUGGGCGUGUGCAACAUUCACCAACAGAGAAAUCUGCUCCUCAACUAGGUCCAUGGUCUCCGGUCAAGAAGAAGAGUAAUCAAGUUGUCGGACCAUUUGACUGUACAAAGUAUAAUAACAAAGGUCUUCCUCCUGCUUUGUGACUGAAAACUAGGUUUCUUCUACUUAACUAUUUUUUUUUACUUAUCACUGCUGAAGGUUAAAAGUAAACUUUGUAAAACACACUCACUUUAUGAUCUUUGUAUACGUAAGAAAUAAAAUAUGUAGAAAGCACUUGUUGUUGAGGCAUGAUUGGCUUCCGCAAGAACUAUUUUUCUUAUCACAUUUUGAAAUAUUCAUUAGG